AUGAUGCAGAUUGAACAGCAAUAUCUCAAUUUGAACGAUGUUCGAAUGAGUCAACAAACGGAAGGAACUGUACCUCCACCGCCGGUUGUAAUUUGUCCAACGGAAGUGGACAAUGUUAAUAUAACUUUAGAGAAGAAUCAGCAAUGUGCAUGCAAAGAUUGUGGCAAAUUGUUUAACUCUGUAUGGUACCUUAAACAGCAUGCCGUAAAGCAUUCCAAUGAUCGACCGUUCAGAUGCAAAUUUUGCUAUAAGACAUACAAAUUUCGUUCAAAUCUUUACCAGCAUAAAUGUCCAGAUCGUACCAAAAAUGGCAAUUUACCAUUUAACAGACGUUUGAUGUAUCGUUUAACAGUGAAUCAGUCGCAUCUCUUCGAUACACGAGAAUUGUCGUUGCAGCAAACACCGGAAAGGAUUGCUCCAACCGAUUUUGGCCAUUUUUUAAGUAAUCGGCCAAAUAUUACCCUUCCAAUUGCGCCAAUCGAGCAACAUACUGAACCAACUGAUGUUGCAAUUGAAGCAAUUACAUCAGAAGCAUUGAUAGUGAAGCAACAAGCCGAAGUACGCGAGACGAUUGCGCUAAAGCGACAUUUAAAGCAAGCUGUUAUCGAUAACUAUUUGCAAAAGAAUAAGCAUAAGUUAUACCAAUGUCGCAAAUGCAAAUUACAAUUUCCGACACGCGGUUAUCUGACUCGACAUAUUGCUCAACACAACGAAUUGGAACAAAUACCAAUGCAGUGUGAACUCUGUCCACAGCGAUUUUCUCUCGAUACGGAAUUGAGGAAGCAUGCGGAAUUACAUUCCAGAGAUUCCGGGAUAACUUGCGCAAGAUGUUGCGCACCUUUUAGGUCAAUGUUGGCAUUACGGCGACAUCGAAAUCAAUCUCGACAAUGUAUAUCAUCAUUUAGUAGCUUCAACAAUCAAACUAUCGAUGAGUAUGCAUACAUUGAUGCGGUUGAAGCGGAAGCGCAAAUGAGUUCUCAUACAGCAGCAGCAGCAGCAGCAGCAACCGUAACUGAUAAUUUUAGCGAAGAAAGAUCAUUCGUUACAAAUGAUAAGAAUGGCGAUUGCGGUAGUGCGAGUAGCAGCGCUGAUUGUUAUCAACAUUUCUCAUCUAAUCGAAUCAGACCAGAAGGUCAUAGUAGUGAAAAUGAUACAUCAAUCUGUGAAAAUGGAUCAAAACGAACGAUUACAACGGUGAAAAUUAAGCUUGGUUCAACAUCUAUUGUUUCAAUAAUGAAAAAGGAUGAUAGUGAUAAUGAUGAUAAGCAAUCACUGAACAAGGAUAGAAUAUUAUAUCCAGAACUAAAUAAUAUGGAAGCAACAAAUUCGGAAGUGAUAUUGGAAGAGGAACCAAAAAGGCAAGUAACACAGGGUAGCAGCACUUCUCAUAUUUCAAGAAAUCGCUAUAGCAGUUAUAUUAGUUCAGAUCGGAUUAUUAGCAGUCAUCAUUCAGGAAUGAGUGGCGGUAGCAGUAGCAAUAGUAGUAUUAGUGGUGGUGGUGGUGGUGGUGGCAAUAAUGCUACCAGUAAUAAUACACAACGAAAUGGUAGUAGUAAUGAUGGUGAAUCGAAUUUUACCACUUCUACAUUCGAUGGUUUUCUGUCAAGUAAUGCUGGCAAUGAUGUUUAUGAUAGUUUGAUGCUAGAAGGUGGUCGACCGCUCAUUUUACAUUCCCAUGUACAUGCUACCAAAGUUGAAGUUCUAUCCGAGCCGGUUGUUGAUUUGAUCGGUUAUACGACUCAAUCAAUCCGUGAUGAAAUUACCCUUUGUGAAACACUCUUUACUGUACGAACACACUUUCUAAGGAAAAUUGCUGUAUAUAUUGUUUAUAUAACAGUACUACAAACUGUGGAAUUUUUCGAUUCAAUUUGUGGAAAGAAAAAGUUAAACCGGAAUUUGUUAGGUGUCGCUGCUUCGGCAGCAGCACAAUCAACAUCGACUGCAAAUCACUUGAAAAUAACACAGUCUGUAAUUAAGUAUCCGGAAACUGUAGCUAAAAACGAAUCCGGUAAUGUUACCAGUGUAAUUGAAAAUGAUACCGGAACCAGACAGUCCGCUGCUGAAGAUGAAUAA